AUGGCGUCGCCUCUGCCCUUGCUAUAUAUUAUUCUGUGGGUAGAAAAUACCCUAGGGAAACUUGAAGAUGAGGGAAACUUCUACUCCAAAAACAUCAGUCGGAUCCUGGACAACUUGCUUGAAGGCUAUGACAAUCGGCUGCGGCCAGGAUUUGGAGGUUCUGUUACUGAAGUCAAAACAGACAUUUAUGUGACCAGUUUUGGGCCUGUGUCAGACGUGGAGAUGGAGUAUACAAUGGACGUUUUCUUCCGCCAGACUUGGACUGAUGAGAGGUUAAAGUUUGGGGGACCAACUGAGAUUUUGAGUUUGAAUAACCUGAUGGUCAGUAAAAUCUGGACACCUGACACUUUUUUCAGGAAUGGCAAAAAAUCAAUUGCACACAAUAUGACAACCCCUAAUAAACUCUUCAGGAUAAUGCAGAAUGGAACCAUUUUAUAUACCAUGAGGCUUACCAUCAAUGCUGACUGUCCUAUGAGGCUGGUUAACUUUCCUAUGGAUGGGCAUGCUUGUCCACUCAAGUUUGGGAGUUAUGCUUACCCCAAAAGUGAAAUCAUAUAUACAUGGAAGAAAGGACCACUUUACUCAGUCGAAGUCCCAGAAGAAUCUUCAAGUCUCCUCCAGUAUGAUCUGAUUGGACAAACAGUAUCUAGUGAAACAAUUAAAUCUAACACAGGUGAAUACGUAAUAAUGACAGUUUAUUUCCACUUGCAAAGGAAGAUGGGCUACUUCAUGAUACAGAUAUACACUCCUUGCAUUAUGACAGUCAUUCUUUCCCAGGUGUCCUUCUGGAUUAAUAAGGAGUCUGUCCCUGCAAGAACUGUCUUUGGGAUCACCACUGUUUUAACCAUGACCACAUUAAGCAUCAGUGCCCGGCACUCCUUGCCAAAAGUGUCAUAUGCAACUGCCAUGGAUUGGUUUAUAGCUGUUUGCUUUGCUUUCGUCUUCUCCGCUCUUAUUGAGUUUGCGGCUGUCAACUAUUUUACCAAUCUUCAGACACAGAAGGCCAAAAGGAGGGCACAGAAUGCAGCCUCACCCCCAGUUACAAUAUCAAAAGCAACUGAACCCUUGGAAGCUGAGAUUGUAUUGCAUCCUGAUUCCAAGUAUCAUCUGAAGAAAAGAAUCACCUCUCUGACUUUGCCAAUAGUUCCAUCCCCUGAGGCCAGCAAAGUCCUCACAGGAGCUCCCAUCUUGCAAUCAACACCUGUCACACCCCCACCACUCUCUCCAGCCUUUGGAGGCACCAGUAAAAUAGACCAGUAUUCUCGGAUUCUCUUCCCAGUUGCAUUUGCAGGAUUUAACCUUGUAUACUGGGUAGUUUACCUUUCCAAAGACACAAUGGAAGUGAGCAGCAGUGUUGAAUAG